UUUAUACACUUUUAUUGUGUUCUUCCUGUGUUUAUAUAUGGGACACCUUACGUCGAUGAGUGGAAAAACACGGCGUUCUGUGCCCCGGGUUAUGAUUCAUGGCCGAUCAUAAUAUUCACUUGCACGCUGCUUGGCUGCCAGGUGACCGUUCAACAGCAUCAUAAAAACCGUCUGUCUGAAUUUAGAGGAUGACGACGUCUGUUUUCACGUUCUUUUAUUCUCUGAACCCGAGAAAACACCAUCGAUCUGUGCGAGAAUUGGUUUAAAUAAAUUGUCGGUAACACUUUAUAUUAAGGAACGCAUAUUCACCGUUAACUAGAUGCUUACUAACAUGUGUAAGUAGCAUACUAGCCCUUUAGUAUAAAACACGUGUUAACACUUUAUUCUACAUAACCUUAUUCUACCUCGAUUAUGACAUGCUUAAGGUGUUAAUAAUAUUAAUGUUAUUAAUUAAUAUUAUUGUAACAUAAUGUUAAUAAUAUGUGCUUAAUAAUAAAGUGUGUUAGUAAGCACCUAGUUAGUGGGGAAUAUGUGUUCUUUUAUAUAAACUGUUACCAAAUUGUCUCAUUGAAUAAUUAUUGAAGAUUAAUGGCGUUUCAUCAAGAGGUUUUGGAUUUAAUUUUAAGAAUCUGAGACACUGUCAUUUUUAAUUUUACUCUCUUUACAUUUGAGGUUAUACGUCUUAUUAGUUUUAGGUAGAUUACUGGUUUAUGCUUGAGGUCAAGACUCCUAACUGUGCAUGACUUAAAACACGGUUUUGUUUGUUUGGUGCGGGUUAGGUUUGCUAUUAUGCUGCAUUUUAUUUUGUUAAUAUGUGUAAUUUUAAUUAGGGAUGGGAAUCGGCAUCGGUCCGAUAUUGGUCAAAAUCCCUGGAUCGGAUAAAUGUAAAUAAAAAAACAAGUUUUGUUCACGUACGUUAAAGCCAACACCAGAUGACCCAAUAAAAGUAUUUUGCGUCAGUUUUUAGCUCCGCCCACUUCCAAUAUUCCACGAUUUUUCACCGAACGACCGCCACGCAUAAGUUUUCACCAGGACUGAUGCGGUCACAAAAAUCCAUGAGUUUUGGGGUGUGUUCAGGUUCUCAAAAUCAGCAAAAGCAUUUUAGCUGAGUCAUGUUUGGGCUGUUUAGUUUAUUCUUUUUGGGAGAACAAUAUUUAUUUACACAGUCGGAGCGUUAUGUCUUGUAAUGUAAAUAUUUUCAAGUUUCUUUGCUCCACAUAACAAAGAAAUCAUUAAAAACUGAAUCAUUUUGGUUUGUGGACAAAAACGAGACAUUGGAGAACUUCAUCAUUUCCACGUUUUGAGAAACACCGAUCAAUAUUUUUCAACAUUUUCUGACAUUUUAUGGAUUAAUCGAGAAAAGAAUUGACAGAUUAACUGAUAAUGAAAAAUGAAAACAGUAAAUUAAAUUAGUUGCAGCUUUAAACACAAUUUUAACUUUGAUUUAAACUGCUUAGUAAGGUUAGGAAAAUUGCCUAUCACACAAGUCCUUUUUUUUGUGUCAGAUUAGCAAAUUAAAUCUCUGCUUAUUUAUUUUUUUAUCCAGUAAAGCUAAAAGGAUUAAAAUUGCCUUAGCUCAGUUUCUGCUAAGUCAUUAUUUUAAUUUAAAAAUCGUCUGCCAUUUAAAAUAAUUGCAAAAUGCCCUUUAUAGUGUUUUAUAACAUAAAUAUUUUUGCCAGGCUGUCACACUUUGUAAGUUAACACUCGUCUCACACCAGCAGCCAACGGGUUCACACUCCGCAGAUAUUUAUGCCACUGCUAUUUGCACCGAGACGAACCACGAGGCACUUUAGAGGCCCGGGUUUCCAAGCAACCGAGCUAAGAGCUGGAAGAUAAGGAAGUAAUGUGACCGUGGUACAGCAGGUUACGCUCACUCUGCUCUCUGUUUGCAUAUCCCCUCCUCAUCCUCAUCCUCAUCCUCUCCUCCCACCACCCACCAUCCUUUUCCUGCCUGUCCUCUCCCGCUCCUAUAACUUUGAUUCAGUGAAAGAUGCAGAUGAGUCAUUAAGAUGCACUUGCCAUGUGACACUUAAAUUGAGUUAUGUGAUUAUCUGCCAGCGCAGGAUGUAUGGUAAUGGUGAUGCGGUUGAGAUCAGAGGCACCUGGGUCACUCUUCAUGUCUGCCUGCAAGACGGUGGCCUCUGUUUAAACAAAAACAAAGCAAAAACCAUACGUUUGUGUGGGAUAUUUGAGCUUUCAGUAGGAUUCUGCUCAGGCCUCAAAAGGCCUCUGUGUCUGAAUGUUUGUUCUUGGUGUUUCUAAUGUCAGUUGGCACUUUUUUCUCUCUCUCUCUCUUCAUCAUGGCAGAGAUUAUGUGUUUGGCAGCAGUUGGCAUCUAUAAUGUUGCAUCACUGCCGUCCUCCUCUUUGCCUUUUAUUUUUCUCUUCCACUUUCAACCGCUUUCUAAACUGAAAAGUGAGUUGUUUUUUCUGCCUUGUCUUCCUUGAUUCCCUCUCUCUGAAUUAAGUUAUACUAAAUAAAAAAUAAAAAUACAAACAAAUAUCAUCAAAGUGAAGCCUAAAUUCACGUGGAUGGUCCUCGUGCUGCCCUGCCCCCGCUGCUUUGCAGAUGAUUGAUCCUUUGGGGCUUUUAACAUCGUGUUGAGCCCGCAGACCUUCGUGCGUCAGGUGCUCUGGCUAAUGAUUGACAGAUUUGUCAGGACUGGUGUGUGGUGGUGGUGGUGGUGGUGGCUUCACAGCUGGCUGCCUGCCUCACAAACACUGCAGUCUUAUCCACCGAGAGCCUCAAGCAUGGUGAGGUGAAAAGUUGACGUCCAUAUGCAGCACAGACCGGUGCCAUGAGCGCUCUGCUCAGCCUCCUCGCAGGUGUCGUCCUCGCGGCCUCCGCGGCCGCGAUACCCAACGCGGGUCUCAAAACGUGGGGUCGUUUCAGUAAACUGCCGUACCCCGGAGACCAGGCGUUCCUCUACGACACGUUCCCCAAAGACUUCAUAUGGGCAGUGGGCACGGCGGCUUACCAGGUGGAGGGCGCGUUUGAGAAGGACGGGAAGGGGCUCUCCAUUUGGGACACUUUUACGCGCGGCGGAAACCGGAUCGCAACCGGGGACGUGGGCAGCGACAGCUAUCACAACAUCCAGGCCGACGUCCGCGCCAUCCGGCUGCUCGGGGUCAGCCACUACAGGUUCUCCCUGUCCUGGUCCAGGAUAUUCCCCAACGGCACCCGCGGGAGCUACAACGAAAUUGGCACCAACUACUACCGGACGCUGCUCAAGAGGCUGAAGGAGAUCCGCGUGCAGCCCGUGGUGACGCUGUAUCACUGGGACCUGCCCGACCACCUGCAGCAGCACUUCGGCGGCUGGAGCAACCCGGAGCUGGUGGACAUUUUCAGGGACUACGCCGAUUUCUGCUUUGAAACGUUCGGGGACGACGUCAAGUACUGGAUCACCAUCGAUAACCCGUUUGUGGUGGCGCGCCAUGGUUAUGGCACCGGGGUGGUCGCUCCCGGGAUCAAGAGUGACCCUGAUCUGCCGUUCCGGGUCGGACACAAUCUGCUAAAGGCUCACGCAGCCGCGUGGCAUCUCUACGACCGGCACUACCGACCCCGUCAGCAGGGCAAGCUGUCCAUGGCGUUGGCCUCCCACUGGAUCAAGCCCAGUCGCACCCGCCUGGAGAGCCUGCGAGAGUGCCAGUGCUCCCUGGACCACGUCCUGGGCUGGUUCGCGCGGCCGCUGUUCACAGACGGCGACUACCCCCCCUGCAUGAAGGCCCGCCUCGGCUCCCGCCUGCCCUCCUUCACGCAGGAGGAGAGGGAGCAGGUGAGGGGGACGGCGGAUUUCUUCGCCCUCUCUCACGGAGCGGCCCUGAGCUUCCAGCUCAUCAACGACAGCCUGAAGUUUGGGCAGCACGAGGAUCUGGACCUGAGGAUGCUGCUUUACUGGGUCAAUGCCGAGUACGACAAGCCGCCCAUCUUUGUGGUGCAGAGCGGCUGGUACGUCCUCGGCAACACCAAGACGGAAGACCCAAAACACAUGUACUACCUCAAGAGGUUCAUUGCAGAGGCGCUGAAAUCGAUCGUCAUCGAUGGCGUGAACGUGAUCGGUUACACGGCCUGGUCCCUGAUCGAUGGCUUCGAGUGGCACAGGGAGUACGGGAUACGACAGGGGCUCUACUACGUCGACUUCAACACGCCGGACAUGAAGAGGGAGCCGAAGACGUCCGCCACCUUUUACAGGAACGUCAUCCAGAGAAGUGGUUUCCCAGAGCUCCCGGAGAACAGACCGGCACAGGGAGUCUUCUCGUGCGAUUUCGCUUGGGGCGUAUCGGCCAACUCCAUACAGGUGGAGACCGUGCCCAGCCAGUUUGCAGACCCCAGCAUUUAUCUUUGGAACAUCUCCAACAACGGAGCUCUGACGAGGCUGGAGGGCUUCAGCGCCCAGACGCUGCGACGCACCGCACACUGCGCCGACUACGCCACGAUCCGACAACAAGUGGAUGAAAUCCGGCAGGUGGGCGUGAACCACUUCCACUUCUCUCUGAACUGGUCGGCCCUGGUGCCGACGGGCGACGUGUCUCGGCCGAACGCCACGCUGCUGGGCUACUACCGCUGCUUCACCCGUCAGCUGCUGAAGGCCAACGUCACGCCCGUCGUCACACUGUGGCACCACACGCGCCAGCGCAGCAGCCUGCCGGCCUCGCUGGACGCGGCCAACAAGUGGUUGAACAGAGAGACGCCCGAGGCCUUCGCCGACUACGCCAGACUCUGCUACAGAGAACUCGGCGCUCACGUGAAGAUGUGGAUCACCCUGAACGAGCCCAACGACGAGACGGUGAGCUACGAGGAGGGUCACCAGAUGCUGCGCGCGCACGCUCUGGCCUGGCGCGCGUACGACCGCGAGUUCAGACACACGCAGAGAGGACAGGUGUCUCUGGCUCUGUACAUGGACUGGGUGGAACCGGCCUUCUCCUUCAGCCGCGAGGACGUUGAACCCGCUAAAAGGGUCUUAGACUUCCGCGUCGGCUGGUUUGCGGAGCCCAUCUUCGGCAGCGGGGACUACCCCGUGGGAAUGAGGAGCUGGAUGCGACAGCUCAACUCACUUGACCUGCCUGUCUUCAAUGAGGAGGACAGACAGCUGGUUAAAGGGACAUACGACUUCUUCGCCAUCAGCCACUUCAGUACCAAGUUGGUCACACAUGCCAAGGAAGACUCGUACACAUACACGGAAAUUUUAGAGGUCCAGCACAUGAUCGACACCACGUGGAUCAUGUCCCCGAGGCCUGUUGUGCCCUGGGGGCUGAGGAAAGCCCUCAACUGGGUGAAGGAGCACUACUGCGAUGUGCCCGUCUACGUGAUGGCUAACGGGGUCCAGGAAGACCCGGCCCGCUUCAAAGACAGCCUGAGAGUCUACUACCUGUACAACUACAUCAACGAGGCGCUCAAAGCGUAUAUCCUGGACGGCGUCAACCUGAAGGGCUACUUCGCGUACGCCCUGAGCGACCAGAGAGACCCCGGCUUCGGUCUGUACGGCCAGGUGCACGAGGAAGUCAUCGACAAGGCCUCGCUCUUCAACUACCGCAACAUCAUCCAGCACAACGGCUUCCCCAUCCAGGGCGCGGCGCGGCAGCAGUGUCCCAGCUCGCCACCGCCGUGCCUGGGCUGCUACGUUCUGGUGAAGAGGCCCGUGGUGGGAUUCUUGACUAUCGUGGGUUCGGGCGUGCUCAUCACCCUGUGCCUCAUCAUCUACUACACGGCCAAGAGACACAAGGAGUCUUACUGAGGAUUUUGACUCAAAGACUUGUUUUUUUAUAUAUAUAUAUUCUCGUAAUGUGACGAGUUUAUACUCGAACGAUUAAAUGUUUUUUUUUCCUUUUCAGUUUGCCCCUAAAACUGUUGUAGUUUCUCAAUCCUGUCCUCUUAUGUCAGUUGUUUGCGUGCUCCUCACAACACACCUGAUUCAAAACGAGUGCGUUGUCAUCAGGCUUUUGCAGAGCUUGACGAUGAGCUUGACGAUUUGAAUCAGGUGUUUUGGAGCACGGAAACCUCUAAAAUAAGAGGACCAGGAUUGGGAAACACUGAUAUAGUUAUAACUGAUCUGAGGUAAUCUCACAUGUUUUUAGUGGCUUAAUUGUACGUCUCCCUGAACUGCCGUGUGAUCUGAUUGGGGCCCAGAGGAGUUGCAGAAGUGUCCGUCUUGGAUGACUUUAUUUAAAUUAUGCUGAAAGGUUAUUGUGGAAUUGUUGAUUAUUAAUUAAUCUGUACACCUUUUGAAAUAAGUACUGAAUAGACAUACCCUCAUAUUCCAACUGUUAAUAAAUGUUAUGUACCUUUGGUGUACAUUUAUUUGAAAGGA